AUGACCGACUCCUCCCUGACCGUCGAUAUCAAGCUGCAGAAGCUUCUGGAUUAUUUCGGUCCCAUCAACCCAGUUCGACUCCUCGUCCUGCCCACUCGGUAUUCACGUCGCCCGCAUUUGAAACAUUUCGUUUCUCGACGAUCUAAACAAACGUUUCCCAGUUUGAUUAAGGCCUCAUUCGGCCUCGGCAUAAAGAACGUCGUAAAGCUACUGGGUUCUUGCGAAUACUCAGUGUUCGUUACGAAUAUUCCGAACAAUCUACAAUUAUCUUCCGUUGCUGAAUCAGGGGUCUCCAGCCUGUCAGAUUUGGAUUGUCUCAGUUACUUGGGUGAAAAUUAUAGCGUCAUGGAGGCUAAUCGUAGAACAUGCCGUAUUGGUACCGUUGAUGAUGCACUUUUUGUAUCGUUCGAUCGCUGUUUCUUUUGA